GAGGACGAGGUUGAAGUUGUUAACCCUAAGAAAUCUAAGUUGACCGAUCAGUAAUUUUGUAGAAUUGUAAGAAAUAUUUAAACGUUACGCUUGCAUUAACUCGCUCUUUUUUCCAUGAUGUAUCGUCACGGUCUCGCGUGCGCUCGUAAAUAGAGAUUAGAAACAAUAACCUGAGAGAAAAUAAUCGGAGAGAACAUUGUUAAUAACAAGUGAUAGAACAUGUCUACCAUACUGACCAAUGAAGUUCAACUACGCUAUAUGAUAGAAUGGUUUCAAGAAUGGUCAGAGAUGCAAAGGAAUGACUUUUUGGAUGUACUUCUUGAGCAAUGCGGGCCUGCCGGUCUUGUUAAUGGAUUGGUAUCCAGAAUGGAAAGUUUAGGUCAUUCGAAUGAGUCUGACAGGCCUCCAAGCCUAUUUCAAUGUCGUGUGAAACUUUUUCGGGAAUGGAGUCACAAUUGGUCCCAACAAGAGAAAGAUUCUUUGCUUCUAUCAAUCAAAAACACAGACGCUGCAUUUGCAGAAAAAUAUGAUGAGAAGCUGUCGAUGCUGGUUAGUGAAGAGGGAAAGGCAUAAACCUAGAAUAUAUAAUCUUAAAUCUGUAGGAAAGAUUUACACUUACAUUAUUUCUAAGGGUAGAAAAAUAUUCACGAAAAAAGUAUAAUGAUUAAAAUAUUUUAACAGUAAGUUUAAUAUUUAUAUUUGAUGUAAAUUUUAACGAAAUGUAUAAUGGG